AUGAUCAAUAACCCAGAUAAACGUGUAGAGAUUCUGAAAAACUUCGCUUUGGAUCGAACUAAGUUCAAGCAAGAGACACCACUUUUGGAUUUUGCACUUCAAGUCGAAAAGAUCACCACUGCUAAGAAGCCAAAUCUGAUAUUGAACGUUGACGGUGCGAUUGGUGUGAUAUUUGUGGACAUAUUACGACAUUCUGGUAUGUUUACGCCGGCAGAGGCACAGGAGACAAUUGAAAUCGGCGCAUUGAAUGGACUCUUCGUAUUGGGACGAAGUGUUGGUUUCAUUGGUCACUACUUAGACCAACGCCGUCUUAAACAAGGUCUCUAUCGACAUCCAUGGGACGAUAUCACUUACGUGUUGCCCGAAGGUGAAUUUGGUAUGGAUCGUGAGGGUAGAUAG